AGGGUUCAGAAGUGUUGGAGAGCUGGGGUAACCAGCUCCCUGGCUACUCUAGGUGUUUAAGGAAGGGGACAGAUUGGUGAAAAUGGGAACUAUACAAGAAGCAGGAGAAAAGACAUUGGAUCUUGGGGUCAGGGAGAAUACAGAAGCAGCAAGACUAGGAGCAUCCCUGAGACUUGGGGAACUGGAACUGGAGGAGGAAUGGCAAGAUGAAGAAUUCCCUAGUUUGCAUCCUGAGAAGGCUGACUCUUCUGAAAAUUUUGACAACCCUAAAAGAGACUCGCAGGCAGGUACCCCCAGCACUUUAGCCCUGUGUGGCCAGCGUGCCAUGCGUAAGCGUCUUUCUGCCCCAGAGUUGCGCCUGAAUUUGACAAAGGGGCCUGGAGAUAAUGAAGCUUCUCCCACCCACUCAGCACCUUCCUCUUCUGAUGGUAGUUCUGACCUGGAAGUAGAUGAAUUAGAGACACCUUCAGACUCCGAGCAGCUGGACAGUGGACAUGAAUUUGAGUGGGAAGAUGAGCUGCCCCAGGCAGAGGGCCUGGGAGCCAGUGAGGCAGCUGAAAGGCUGGGCCAGGGUUGUGUGUGGGAUGUGGCUGGAGAAGAUGGUCAUCGCUGGAAGGUGUUCCGAACAGGGCAGCGGGAGCUGCGAGUGGACAUGACUGUCAUUGAGCCCUAUAAGAAAGUCCUGUCUCAUGGAGGUUACCAUGGUGAUGGCCUCAAUGCUGUCAUCCUCUUUGCUUCCUGUUAUCUACCCAGAAGCAGCAUCCCCAACUAUACCUAUGUCAUGGAACACUUAUUUAGGUAUAUGGUGGGAACUCUAGAGCUGCUGGUAGCUGAAAAUUAUCUGCUUGUUCAUUUGAGUGGAGGCACAAACCGGUCACAAGUUCCACCUCUGAGCUGGAUACGCCAGUGUUACCGGACUCUGGAUCGGCGGGUAAGGAAAAACCUGCGUGCCCUGGUGGUUGUCCAUGCUACGUGGUAUGUGAAGGCAUUCCUGGCACUGUUUCGGCCCUUCAUCAGUUCCAAGUUCUCACGAAAGAUCCGUUUUCUGAAUAGCCUGGGAGAGCUGGCCCAGCUCAUCUCCUUGGAUCAGAUCCACAUCCCUGAAGCUGUCAAACAGCUGGACCAGGAUCUCCAUGGCUCAGGAAGGACCUAG